AUGAAGAAAGACCUCAAAUAUGCUGCUAUUAUCAUUUGUUCUCUGAUCGGCUGCCUAGCGCUGUAUAAAAAUUGGGAAUUUAAGAAAACGGAAGAUUUGGAAAAUGAUGAGUUUCACGAUUUUCGGCCUUAUCCAUAUUCUAAAAGUGUGGAGAUUCAGAGGAGUAAUGAAACAGCAAAAAUCCCAAUCGCUAUUGUUAUCAUGGUCAAGGAUAGUUUCAAUGAUGAGAAUUACCGAAUAGCGGUGAACUCGAUUCGCUGCUAUGCGGAGGUCCAAGAAUAUGCCUAUAUUUACGUCGACUACAGCAAAAAUCAGACGCUACAGAAGAUGUGUCCCCAAGAAGACUUUCUCUUCGCUCGUCACUGCAUUAUGGUCGAUUUAAUGAAACGAGAACCAUAUGAUUGGUUCCUCUUUUUCGGGGCUGACAACGGAGUUAUCAACCCAAUUCGGAGGAUCGAAGAAUACAUCCCCGAGGAGCCUACGGUAAAUGUGAUGUUCUACAACCGUUUUUAUAACGACGAGAUUAUGGCGGAUUCGUAUUUGAUACGAAACACCCAACAAUCCUAUGAUUUCCUCAACCUCUGGGUGGAGUACUACAACAUAACGAAAGACUACGAGUGCAGUGGAACGGAUAAUGGCGCGAUUCAGGCCGUAGUGCUCGAGUUCUUCGCGCCGGAGCUGAACCGCUGGAACACGUACUGUCAGAAGAUGUGGUGGAUGGGAAGAAAAUAUGCCGACCUCUUCCUCUACGAAGCUUGCCAAGGUUGGUCCCGCGAUGGCUGGGUGACUGGGACAAGGUGGUGCGAGCGGGAUCUGUUCUUUCAUGGUUGGAAGAAGGAAAAAUUAAACACCGAAUGGAAGCUGCCGUUCAUCGCUGAUGACUUUUUCGACAAGACAUGCACUCCUGGCGAGUUCACGAGCUACAAUUCCCACUACAAAGCCGACUGUCUUGACGUUGAUUUGGAGAUGCACGUCUUUUUCGAGGAAGCCAGACGAAAAUAUUAUAAGGCGCUGCGAAAGCUGCGCAAGCUGGGAAAUGUUCCCCACCAAAAUCUA